AUGAUUAAAUCUCUUUCCUUCUCCAGUUGCUUGGCCCAGCUGUACUUUCUCAUCUCCUUUGCUGGAUCUGAAUCUUUUCUCCUUGCCCUAAUGGCUUAUGACUGCUACAUGGCAAUAUGCCAGCCUUUGCACUAUGCAACCAUCAUGAACCGCAGGACUUGUAUGUGCUCUGCCAUUGCUAUAUGGAUAGGUGGCUUUAUCUACUCAGCUUUACAUACGUUCUUCAUAGCCAGGCUACCUUUCUGUGGUCCCAAUAAAAUCAAUCACUUCUUCUGUGAGAUCUCUCCUUUGAUCAAAUUGGUCUGCAUGGACACCUAUUUUAAUGAGGUGUUGGUUUUUCUGCUCAGUGGAGCAGUAAGUGGAAGUUGCUUCCUGCUGAUUUCCACAUCAUAUGCUUAUAUACUAUCCACUAUCAUGAAAAUCCACUCAACUCAGGGCCGACGCAAAACCUUCUCAACUUGUGCUUCCCACCUCCUCACCGUCCUGCUUUUCUAUGGCCCAGGUUUCUUCACCUAUCUCCGCCCCUCCUCCAGCUACUCCAUGGACAUUGGGAAAGUGGUCUCUGUGUUUUACACCACGGUCACACCCAUGCUGAACCCAAUGAUCUACAGCCUCAGGAACAAGGACGUGCAAGCUGCCUUCAAGAAAGCCAUGGGAAGGAGUAGGAAAUAG